CAGGAGUAGGGGUUGGUGCACGACUCGGGCCUGCGCCGUCUCUGUUUCCGGACUACUUCCGAAAGGUGCCGUCGGAGAUCAUCCAAAGCUUCGUCAUCUUGGUGUCCGGGCCGGCAAUAUGGAUGUCGGAGGACACGAUGAUAUCCAUGACGAGGAAGGCGUAGGGCAGGCUUCGCUCGGUGGCAAUGGAAGCGCAAUCCGCCAUGUGGAUCAUGACGAACUUUGCCCAAUUGAUGUUGGCGCCGUGGAUGAUUGCAUGAAUGACCUUCAAGUCUUCGUUGAAGAGCGAGGUGUGACUGCUGUCCCGGGGGUGAAGAAUCCGGGUGAGGAUGUAGAGGAGGAGGCGCUUCUCCAGUGGGGCCGAGUGGAUUGUCGGUGCACCGCUGUGGCGGAUGAGGUUGGUGAUUCCAAUCUCUCGAAUGACCACCGCCUCGUUGUUGAGGAUCCAAUCGUUGCCACCGUACGUCGCGAAGUCAUCGCCUCGUAUUGGCAGCCCUGCGAUCCGAGAAAAAGUGGGCAAAUCAAUCUCUAUGUCGUAGAGAUUGGUGCUGUUGUAGAUGGUGUCAUCGUCACGGCGGAGAUUGGAGUAGAACGCCCGGACAAACACUCGAUUGAAGGACUGGUGGCUCUUGGAUACGAAGGUCCACAAACCCGAUGCUUAGAGUUGGUUGUCGAGCUCGUGGUACCCCUUUUGUUGGUGAAACAACUCGGGCAGCACCCUGGGCGGAGAGAUUGGGUGUUUGGCGAAGUGCGUGAGAAAUGGGGUGAGUUCCUCCUCCGAGCCAAACUCGAGAAAAGAUCCGUCGAGGUAGGGAAACGGCGGGGGCGUAGAGCUUGAGGCUUCGACGGUGCUUUUCUUCUUGGAAGCCUUCGUCUUCUUUCUUCCGACCAUUGUUGAGAGUAGAAUAUGAGUAAACUAAUUUAGAUCAAGAACACACUCAAUUCCUCAAGAAAUGGCUCUAAAAAGCUAUGUAAAAAGUUUAUGGAAUGAUGCAAUGUAAAGCUAUGAAAUGUGUGAGGAAUGGUUGUGAAAAGUAGACCCAAAAGACCCCUAUUUAUACCCAAAAAUGAUGUGUAACGGAUGGGAGUUGAUUGGGGUUUAAUGGCAUGAUUUGUGGAAAUCAAAUCAAAGUUGGUCUACAGG